UGUUAGUCUGUUAUUUUGUUCUAUAGUUGGUUGUUCGUUUCUCUCAUUAUUCAUUACCCAAUAAUCCCCACUUUCUAUACCAUUGCCGUAUUGACCUUUUUUGUAUUACAACCGGCCGAACACGACAACAGCGCCAAUACAACUUUACUUUAUACCUAAACACCAAAGUGGAAACCUACACUACAGUUCAAUCGAAUCUACCUUGAGCUGUGCUGGAUCUCUUCUUCUUCUUCUUCUUUCACCUUAGGCUACCGAGUUAAUGGAUCCGAGAGGUGUACUGAUAUUAGUGGCGGUUCUAGUUGCGGAAAUUGGCUCUGUCGCCAACGGAAAUUUAGUGUUCCCGGUGGAGCGUCGGAAAAGGAGCCUAAGCGCUGUCAGAGCUCACGACGUUCGCCGUCGCGGUCGAAUUCUCUCCGCCGUGGAUCUCAACCUCGGCGGCAAUGGUCUCCCUACCGAAACCGGUUUGUAUUUUACAAAACUUGGGCUUGGCUCUCCUCCGAGGGAUUAUUAUGUGCAAGUUGAUACAGGAAGUGACAUUCUUUGGGUGAAUUGUGUUGAGUGCUCCAGAUGUCCCAGGAAAAGUGAUCUUGGUAUAGAUUUGACUCUUUAUGACCCGAAGGGCUCCGAAACUUCAGAUGUGGUUUCUUGUGACCAAGAUUUUUGCUCUGCCACGUUUGACGGUCCAAUUCCUGGUUGCAAGUCUGAAAUUCCAUGCCCCUACAGCAUAACUUACGGAGACGGAAGUGCAACUACUGGAUACUAUGUCCAGGAUUAUCUUACUUAUAACCGUAUCAAUGGCAAUCUUCGUACUUCGCCACAAAAUAGCAGCAUUAUUUUUGGGUGUGGUGCUGUACAAUCUGGGACAUUGGGUUCAUCUUCUGAAGAAGCCCUUGAUGGAAUAAUUGGUUUUGGACAAGCAAAUUCUUCUGUGCUUUCACAGCUUGCCGCAUCUGGAAAGGUGAAAAAAAUAUUUUCACACUGUCUUGACAAUGUUCGUGGUGGUGGAAUAUUUGCCAUUGGGGAAGUGGUGGAACCAAAAGUCAGUACAACUCCGUUGGUACCAAGAAUGGCACACUACAACGUGGUUUUGAAGAGUAUUGAGGUUGAUACAGAUAUUCUACAGCUUCCCUCAGAUAUAUUUGAUUCUGUAAAUGGGAAGGGUACAGUAAUAGAUAGUGGAACAACCUUGGCUUAUCUUCCUGCCAUAGUUUAUGAUGAACUGAUUCAAAAGGUUUUGGCCCGGCAGCCUGGACUGAAAUUAUAUCUUGUUGAGCAACAAUUUCGUUGUUUUCUGUAUACUGGAAAUGUUGAUCGUGGAUUUCCAGUUGUCAAGCUUCAUUUUAAGGAUUCUCUUUCUCUGACAGUUUAUCCUCAUGACUACCUGUUCCAGUUUAAAGAUGGUAUCUGGUGUAUUGGCUGGCAGAGAAGUGUAGCACAAACAAAGAAUGGAAAGGACAUGACCCUUCUUGGAGAUUUGGUGCUAUCUAACAAACUAGUGAUAUAUGAUCUUGAAAAUAUGGUCAUUGGAUGGACUGACUACAAUUCAUUGUGGUGUUGUGUUUUUUAGGCUCUUCCAGCAUUAAAGUGAAGGAUGAAGCGACUGGAAUAGUACAUACAGUGGUUGCACACAAUAUUUCUUCAGCUUCUACCUUAUUUAUUGGAAGAAUAUUGACUUUCUUUUUGUUGCUAACUGCCAUGCUAAACAAUUAAAUUAACUUGGUCUUGAUAUAAUAGGGAUGACAUUCAUUCGAUUUUGUUGUACCAUAAUUCCUGUGCAGUGUGGUUGAUAUGGUAUAGUCAAUCAUUACUCGUGUAGAUAGAAUUGAAAAAGGGGCAAAUAUUUUUAAGUUUUUUUUUUCAGUAUUUUUUUGUAUUAUUUUUUAAAUUGAUUACCAAUGAAUGUAUUGCCUUGACUUUUUAUGACGAUGACGAUGGAUAUUGCUGUUCAUUCAAAAGGUAGUUAAAUAAUACAAUUUACUUGUAGCAAUCAGCAAUGCAGGCAAA